AUGUCAUUACACCAUGUUCAAAUGUUGAAUUCAUUUUACAAAGAUAUUGAGACAGCUGUUAAUGGUGUAAUAGAUUUGCUAUGCGCAAUUAAUAAUAUAUUAUCAGUUGAUUUUGAAAGGAAAACUCAUAUAAAGAGAAAUGUAUUGAUAAUUGUUAUAGAUGACAUGCGACAUCUGACGGACCAAAAUAUUUUGUUGCCAAAUAUUCAAAAGUUGGCGGUAAAUAGUAUUGUUUUUCAAAACGCUUUUGCUCAGCAAGCAUUGUGCGCACCAAGUAGAAAUUCUAUGUUAACAGGCCGCAGACCUGAUAUACUGCAUUUGUAUGACUUUUAUAGUUACUGGCGUGAUGCAGUCGGCAAUUUUUCUACAUUUCCCCAAUUGUUUAAGCUAUAUGAAUAUGAUACCUUUUCAGUAGGUAAAAUUUUUCACCCCGGAAUAAGUUCAAAUUUUACUGAUGACUUUCCAUACAGUUGGAGUGAAAAACCAUUCCAUCCGCCAUCUGAGAAAUACAAAGACGCUGCAGUUUGUAAAAACAAGCACACUAAUGAGCUACAAAAAAAUCUUUUAUGCCCAAUAACUAUUAAUAAUCAGCCGGAUGGUACUCUACCUGAUAUAGAAAGUGUCAAUUACGCUAUAGACUUAAUAAAAACAAGGAACACGAGUAAACCUUAUUUAUUGGCAGUUGGAUUUCAUAAGCCUCAUAUUCCAUUAAAAUAUCCUCACAAAUAUCUAAAAAAAGUACCGAUUAGUGCGGUGCAGCCACCAAGUAUGCCAGACAUACCAAAAAGAAUGCCAGUCGUUGCUUGGCACCCAUGGACUGACGUUCGUCAUAGAGACGACAUAAAUAAUCUUAACAUUUCUUUUCCUUUUGGAACGAUGCCUCCUAAAUGGACAUUAAAAAUCAGACAAAAUUACUACGCAGCAUUACUUUAUAUAGACGAUCUAAUAGGAAACCUAUUAAAAAAUAUCGAUUUAAGUAAUACUAUAGUAGUCUUGACAAGUGACCAUGGUUGGUCACUCGGAGAAAAUGGUCUUUGGGCAAAGUAUAGUAACUUUGACGUGGCUCUAAGGGUGCCUCUAUUAUUUAAAAUUCCAAAUAAACAACCAAAAUCUAUUUCGACACCGGUUGAACUCAUUGACAUAUUCCCAACUUUACUCGAACUAGCGGGAUUAGACACAUUCAAUAGUUGCAAAGAUUACAAAUCAAAUCAAUGUUUGGAUGGUAAAAGUUUGGUACCUUUAAUGAAUAAUAAACCAAACGAACAUCAAUCAAAAAGCUUUGCUAUAUCGCAAUACCCGAGACCUUCCGAACACCCCGUGAACAACUCUGACAAGCCACGUUUGAAGGAUAUCAAAAUUAUGGGUUACAGUAUACGAACGAAAAGAUACCGAUGCACGGAAUGGAUAGCAUUUGAUCAUAAAACAUUUUCUAGGAAUUGGAGCAAGUUGUACGGAGUUGAACUAUACGACCAUAUUGUGGAUGAAGAGGAAUCAAACAAUGUAUAUGAUGUACAUAAAUAUAAAAACGUUAAAUUUAAGUUAUCUAAGCUAUUAAGAAAACAAGUUGAUUUACAAUAA